UCUUUUGUUGAUAAAAUUGGGAAUUUAUACCAAAAGGAACAGUUUUGUUUACAUUAGCCUGGCAAAACUAUAAGCCUAUAAUAGUUUCAUGAGGUCCAAAAAAAAGUGGAAAAGGCCAACAUGAAACUAGGUAAGAAAGAUCAGAAGUCGGAUUACUCAAAAGCAAACCAGAGAUCCAAAAGAUCCAUGAACAUGUUACCUUAUAAAUUACCGUGAAACCUCUAUAAAUUAAUAAUGUUGCGACUUUAAAAUUUUAUUAAUUUAUUAAGAUAUUAAUUUACAAAAGUUUUAUUAUUUAGAUUUCUUAUUUUAAGAUAUAUUUAUUCUAAAAUAAGAAAAAUAUUUGAUUUUAGUGUAUAUGUUAAUUAUUAUUUUUGAAAUUUGAUAUUUAUAUUAAUUUUAUUAUAUUAUUUGGUGUAUAUAAUAUAUAUUGCAUAGAACUUAAAUGAGGUUUUAGAUAUAAUAGUACUAGAUCUCAUCAAAAAUGUACUAAGUGUUAAGAAAAUAUAAAAAUAAUUUCAUUGUGAAUAUAAAACAAAUAAUAUAAUAAUAGGUUCUUACUUAUAUAAAAUAUGUGUAUAUAUAAAUUAUUAAUUUAUAAUUUUAAUGAGAUCAUAUAUUUACUUAGAAUUUUCUUUAAAAAAUAUUAUCUUAUCAUUUUAUCGAUUUGUGUUAAAUUUUGUAACAAUUCAAGUUGGAACCGACAAUGUUUAUUAAUUUAUAACGAUUAUUAAUUUAUUGAGGUUCUACCGUAUGUUUUUAUACCUCUGUUAAUAAUUCGUCACGUUAUUCAGGUCAAAGUUGAUGCAUACCCUAGUGGUCAUUGUUGGAGAUAACAAUGUCCCAAAGCCUCGAAUAAUCCUCCACUGUUUCUUUGGAUCUCCCAAUGUGAAAUCUUGAUAAGAUUCUUCAAAGGUUUGUGACGCUCUAAUCUUGCAAAACACUUUGUAUUGAUUCUCAACGGGAUCAUAACCAAAGAACUCGUCCAUAAAGCUUGCGAGUAUCUCUAAUUUGAUCUUUGGUAAUACAAGGGGUUGUCUCGUUGAAGUGUUGUGUAUUAAAAACUGACUUGAUCUUGUUAAACGACAGAUUAAUCCGCGGAUAUAUUGAUACAUAAUAUUGCAAUAUUCUAUCCCACGGACUAAUGCGUGACCCGGUGACCGUCUUGUUCCGCAGAUACUGAUUCUUUGUUUGUGCUUAGAGGGUAACUAGACAAAGAGAUUACCGAAGAUUCAAGCGUCCAGCGUCCAACGGUCGAAGAUGACAAGUAGGCGUGUAGCCAAAGACCAAGUAUAUGAUCGAGUUCGUGAUAAGAGAUGACCAUUGCUUUGAUACACAAUGGAACUUCACAAUUCACAAAUGACAUCACCGGGAGUCUCGAGAGUAUCUCCUAGGUUAGAUCAAAAGGGAUGUGGAUACUAUAUUUCUUUUCUAUGGUUGAGAUCUGGCUGUGAUGUUGUAGUUUUGGAGAUAGUGAGCUCUUCUUCUGUUGGCUCUUCAUGGUGUCAGGUUUGUCAUCUGUGGAUCUUAAACGAGGAGAAUACAAUAUAUAUAUAUGAAAUGAAAACAAAACGUAUUACCACUAGGUUUAUGACUUUCCUUUUUUUACAUUUUUUUGUUGAACUAAAUGACUUUUCCUUUUUUCUUUGUUAUAAUUCUGUUGGGAGAUUACGUAAAGGAAAAACAAGAGUUUGGAAGCAGCAUAGUUUUAUGAUCGACUAUAGGUUUUGAAAAUCCAAUCCACAUAAAAGGAAAAUCAUCGAACCAACCAACAAUGAGAUUUUCGAGUGUACUAUUAUCUUUUCAAAUUUUAAAUAAUUUAUAAAUAUAAAAAGAGACAAAAGGCUUGGAAUGAAAUUUUAGCUUUAACUGUAAAUCAUGCUGUUAAUAUGAUUGGAAAGUUGAGAAAGGAUAUUUUGUUUUUGUUGACCGAAAAGAGUAUAUAUAUGAAUGUGAACGAAGAGCCGGAUGUUUCUCAUGCAUGAGGUAUGAGCGGAGUCAACGGUUUUCCUGGUUCAUAUAUUAAACACGUGUUACGCAUUUUGUUAGUCUACCCAGAUUCUACUGAUUCACGAACUUUGCUAUUAAACUCCAAAAAUUUUCUGUUGUUGAUAAAACGUAAACCAAAAAUAAUCCAAAUACUAGGAAAAGGCAAAAAAGGAGUUGUUUCAUCAAUCAAACCUAACCUAUCAAAUAUCAGAAACAAGAAUGACAAGACUCUAAAGAAAUAUAUUUACAUAAAGAAGAAAGAAAAAUCAAAUUAGUAAAUUUAAUAUUCUUUUUCUAUAGAUUUCGAUAAGAUCUUUGAGAAAAUUUAUAAAAAGACAAGAAUUUGGCGAGAUACAUAGCAACAUGACGGACACCAACACUGCCCGGACGAUCGUCGGAAUCAUCGGAAACGUGAUCGCCUUCGGCUUGUUUUCUGCUCCAAUACCAACGAUGGUGAAGAUAUGUAAGAUGAAAUCGGUAUCAGAGUUUAAGCCAGAUCCAUACGUAGCUACAGUUUUAAACUGCAUGAUGUGGACCUUUUACGGACUUCCUUUUGUCCAACCUGAUAGUCUCCUCGUCAUCACCAUUAAUGGGGCUGGUCUUGUCAUGGAACUCGUGUAUGUCGUCAUCUUCUUCAUCUUUGCUACCUCGCCUGUCCGCAAAAGGAUCACAAUAGCUAUGGUGAUUGAGGUGAUAUUCAUGGCUGUGGUGGUCUUCUGCACAUUGUAUUUUUUGCAUACAACAAAACAGAGAUCUAUGCUUGUUGGGAUCUUAUGCAUUAUUUUCAAUAUUAUCAUGUAUGCUUCUCCUUUAACCGUCAUGGCACUUGUAAUAAAGACAAAGAGCGUGAAGUACAUGCCGUUCUUCUUGUCAUUAGCCAACUUCAUGAAUGGAGCUAUUUGGAUUGUUUAUGCAUGUCUAAAAUUUGACCUCUAUAUUUUGAUCCCAAAUGCUCUUGGAUGCCUAUCAGGAACAAUACAAUUUAUAUUAUACGCACUUUACUAUAAAACAACUAACUGGAGCGACGAUGAUGAAGAUAAAGAAAAGAGCAAUUUGAAUGCUGAAAUCGAGCUUUCCCAAGCUUGAUAAUUUCAGCUACGGAUUGAACUUUUCCAUUUUUCUUCUGUUUUACAAGAAGCUUCAUCGUUAGGUUUAGUAAGACCAGCUUCAUCGUUAGGUUUAGUAUCGGAAGAAAUGCCACCGAAAAUACAAAAAUAAUGAAGAAGAGGAACCACCCUUGAAGUUAAAAGUUUCUUGAGUACGAAGAAAGAAAGGGGUUUCAUUUUUUUUUGUUGAAAUUUGAAAUGAUUAUAACUUUGACGAAGUUGUGAAUCUUAUGUAAUUUUGUUACAUUAUUAGAUUAUUUUAUAACACUUUUGGAGAAAAAAACUCGUCGAUUACGGUUUGAUGUUUAAGAUCAGAGUAACAGAGGUUCUCUUGUCUUAGGUUUUGUUGUGGUUCUGGCCGGUUAAGGAUCCUUGAACCUGAAAUCAAAUAGUGUAUUUACUCACCAAGUCUAGUAUAUUAGGAGCCUGUGACCGAAACUGCUGGCUCUUGCCUUACACAAGAGAGCUUAUCAGGCUGCUAAAUCAUCGCUUCCAUCUGGUUUAAACUGAUUCAAGAACAACUUUAAUUUUGCAACCGAUUAUUCCCAACAAAAAGAAAUGCUUGUAAGAUGAAAAAAAGAAAGAGUUGUGACGAUGGAUUUUGAAAAUUCAUAUGGUAAUGACAUA